AUGUCUUCAGCUAGAGAUGGUCGCCGUUUGCGCACGCGCGAGAAGAAGAAUUAUACUGACGAUGAUGCGGAUAUUUUCUUCGAAGAGAUCUUGGAAAAAGGACAAAAAUGGAAUAUUGAACAGAAAUUCGCUGCGUCGAAUGAAUAUCAAGGCAAAUUUGUCGAAGAGCUCACUGUAGAUGAAUUCAACUUGUCAUAUAUUCAACGUACCGGUUUUCCGAACCCGAUUGUGAUUAAACAACAUCGGGGUUUAGGUCUACGAGUCCCUACACCGCGAUUUACUGUCCACGAUGUUCGAGCGUGUAUUGGUUCGCAACGUUUGAUCGAUGUUGUCAAUGUUGAUACGCAAGAAUCACUGCAAAUGACGAUGAAAUCAUGGACGGACUACUACGACCAACCAGCAGAGAAACGAACAAAACUGUUGAAUGUCAUUUCGUUAGAAUUCAGCCACACAGCAUUGGAAAAAUACAUUGAAUCACCAACGAUUGUACGUGAAAUCGAUUGGAUAACAAAUACAUGGCCUGAAUAUUGGUUUGAUGUGCAAUCACAACUUCAAAAGAAUCUCAAACAAGAACAUAUGUACUAUCCAAAGACUCGCAAAUACGUUCUCAUGUCAGUCGCGAAAUGUUUCACUGACUUUCAUAUCGAUAUGGGUGGAUCAUCUGUAUGGUAUCAUCUACUGAAAGGAAAGAAAGUUUUCUGGUUAUUACCACCGACGGAAUCUCAUUUACGUUUAUAUGAAGAAUGGAUCUUAGCCGGGCGACAAAACGAAUGUUUUUUCGCCGAUAUCUGCGCCUCGAAAGAUUGUCAAAUGAUCGUUCUUGAACCUGGUUGGACAUUUUUCCUUCCAUCGGGCUGGAUUCACGCUGUAUAUACUCCUGAAGACUCGUUGGUAUUCGGUGGAAAUUUUCUGAAUUCUUUCAAAAUUCCAAUGCAAAUUCAAGUCUGGUCAAUCGAAAGAAAAGUUCGCGUACCUGAUCGAUUUCGCUACCCGUACUUUAUCGAAAGUAUGUGGUAUGUGAUUCAACGUUAUGUACAUCGUUUAACCGGUGUCACGCAUAUCGCUGAUGAUUGCUUGGAAUACGCCCAGAAAGAACAAGAAACAGAUGCAAAUCAGCAACCUCUUCCAAUCGAUCCUUCAGAUUUGAAACCUUGUCGAACAAGUCAAUUGUUGCUAGUGAACAAUAAUAAUAAUAAAGAUACUGAACAGACGCAUCCACAUCUGACCACAUUUGAGCUAGACGGUUUGAAAACAUUAUGUGCUCUCUUACGCAAAUUAAAAGACAAAUCGAUCCCGGAAGAUCUUGUUCAGCCACAACAACUGUUGGAAUCAAUGGAGCGUCUUCUCAUUGAACAUGCUUCCGAUGAUCCUCAUUUAUCAAUAACUGGUCAAUCGCUGAUCCAUUACAACUACAAUCAUCAUCAUCAUCAUCAUCACCAUUCGUUCGAUCCAAAUAGCAAUCAAAACGAAACGGAGAUUUUUCAAGGCAUAAAACGCAAAAAUCCCGUUGACGACGAUAUGCAACAGCCAUCUUUUCAUCAUCUUCACCCUUCUCAUCAAUAUGAAACAUUAGCAAUGCAACAGCCAACCUCGAAUGUUGUGACAUUGCAUCCCUCGACCACGGUUCUCUUGAGUGGUCCAUUAGCUAGUUCGAAUUCAUCAAACUAUUACUCUUCACCCUCGCAGCAACAACAACAACAACAGCAGCAGCAGCAGCAGCAACAGCAACAACAACACUAUAUCAACAGUUAUAAUCAAUAUAAUCCAACUACAUCUCCGACUCAACAACACUACCAGACCGACAAGAACAAUACUGCCAAAGAUCGACAUAAACGUGUUCGGUGUAAACAAUGUGAACCCUGCUGUCGAGACGAUUGUUCCGAAUGUGUACACUGCAAAGAUAUGCCAAAGUUUGGUGGUGUUGGUAAAAUGAAACAAUGCUGCCUGACAAAACAAUGUAUUGCUCCAAUCUUACCAUCAACAGCAUCAUGUCAAGUUUGCUUGAAGAAGAAAGGCUCGCGAAAACUAUCCCAAUUGAAACCUGAAGAAAUUCUCUACGAAUGUGAACGUUGUAUGGAAAUUCACCACUUGCCAUGCUUUCAUUCUGCUCAUGUGGAUACUCCUACCAGCGAAGGUGUAUUCAGCGAUGAUAUACCAGAAACAUGGCUGUGCCCCAAAUGUAUAAGCGUCAACGCACCUGAACCUCCACUGUAUAAACUACGACCCAUUGUGCGACGAACAUUAGUGACAACCAAUAAAGGAAAGAAUGGACUGAUUGAAUUGCCCUACCUUGAUCCUUCUCAACAAAAACAACAGCAGCAGCAGCAACAGCAACAACAACAACACCAUAUUCUACAACAACAGCAUCAUCAACAACAACAUUAUCAUAUGUAUGGAACACCCGCUAACUCGAAUGUACAUUACGCAGACCCAUACGAAGUGAUGGAGAAUGAAGCAAAGAAGCGUCGCAUCUAUGCGAGUAUGUAUACAACCAAUGGCAAUCCUGAUUCAUCUGUAAUGUCAGCUGAUCCUUCAUCAUCUAUGAAUACGAACUUAGUUGCUCUCGAUGAUUUGUCCCAAUCCUUGAACGAAUCGGAUCUCUAUAUUCCUCAAAUGUUUGCUGUUUGA